AUGGCGACUGCGUCGAAGAUCCACCUGUCGCCGGAGACGGACUCCGGCAUUUUUAGCUCCGGCGUGAGGGAGGAUACAGCGCGGACGGCUAGCGUGGUGUUGCAGGAGGAUAUGGCGAACCACCAUGUCUUCUUCAAUGACGAGGGGUUUCAUAAUCACAUCCCACACUUGCUUUUAAGCAUCUACGCCCUCGGCGGGUCGCCCGAGGACAUCCUGGCGGCUUAUAAUAAUAACAAAAACUACCAGCGGCCUAGUGUCCCUACUGUUGUCGAGGUCAUCAAUGACAUGAAUGACACGGAAAAAUUCCAGGCGUAUCUGGGGAAGGAGAAGCAUUACUCGAAUUUCCUGUCUUUCUUCCAGCGUCAGAUUGAUGAGAAGGGCGUCGGUGCUGUGCUGAACGAAUACGUCUUUGCCGGGGACGGGCGGGCGGAAAGUAUGCUGUCGCGGCUCUUUGGAGGCCUCAUCCACCCCCUCAUUCAUCUAGGCUUCGGGCUUGAGUUUAACCAGCCCGCCAUCGUGGCCCAGGCCCUUGCACAGGCUGCGGUUCAUGAUGACUGGAUGGGCCGCGAUUUUUUCCUCCCGGCGGAGAAGCUGGCAGAGGGGAUUGGAAAGCCGGGGAAGAAGUCGCUUCUGCAACUAUUGGAUGAAAUUCGCAAAGACAACACCUUGGCUCACUCCGCCAAGUACACUGACACGAACAAGAUCCGAGACGGGGUGCUGCACCGUGCCCCGCAGGAGAUGCUGAAGUAUGCUGCCCAAUAUACAGUCUCUGAAGACCAAGUGGAGGAGAGACUGGCGGAUAUGAUUAAUAACGUCGUAUACUACACAAGCGCCGCCCAACGACCCAGCAAGGUAGUCAAGCUGGACUUUUUCUUCAUCCACUGUGUCAACUCGUCCAUCUUCUUCUCUAAGCUCGCACUUCUCCCGAUCCUGGAUCAGCGGACUCGACUCCGUCUACUGGAAUGGAAAGGCCGCAUGGACCUACUGAUGUACGUGUCGCGCGGCUGUCCAGACCUGCUACGGGACGAGAUCAUCCGCUAUCCUGUGACGAAUGAGUGGCCAGCGGUCUUUGCCCGCGGCGCGUCACACCCGUCUGACGAUGGGCAUUUGGCCAAGUUUGUGCGCGCUGUGGCACAUGGGCAGAAUGUGUGCAAAGCAUACGAGAGCAAGGCAUCACAGACGAUGCCUGUAUCUGGCAACAUGUGGCUUCAGAUCGCAAAUAUGGCCAUCGACUCCACCGUUGAGGAGAAUCGGACGAUGUGGAUCCGCUCCACCGGAUUCGACGAGGCAUGGGAGCAUCUCCCCGGACGCGCCCGGUUGUAA